AUGAAAGAAGAAACUCCUCGCGACACGUCCGAGGAUUUGGGCGACGAAAAUCAAGGAUCCAAAACUGGAGGCAACCCGGCCCUCAAGGACCGCAAAUGCCAGUACUGCCAACAGGCGUUUACCUCCUCCUCCCUCGGUCGACACCUCGAUCAAUUUCUCUUCAAAAAGAAACCCGACGGGGUUCACGAUGUCGAGGAGAUUCGGCGCAUCCGCAGCGAGUCUGCGUUCAAGCCGCGAGACCCCUCGGUGCGCAUGAUGUUUAAUACGCCCACCUGGCAUGCGACUGGGGUCAUCAACGACAUCCCCAACCCGAGUCGCGCAUUGGACGGACCUCGACAGCCACCAUCGCAGUCCCGGACAGCAUCGCUGCAACUGCCCGACUAUGCAAGCAGGGGCGCCACCGCCAAUAACCCGGAUACGAUGAAGGCGCUGGAGCUUGCAUUGCGAGAGGUGCUCGACAACAUCAAGGCUGCCACAUCGCGCGCAUGUCCUCCGCUGUCGCCAUUUGACAUCGAUAUCCAAGCUCAGACGUUUCCUUCACUCUGCCUACAGCUCCUGCCGCCCCCUCCAAGCCUAUUCGCAUCGCACCCAUUCCCUUCUCCGUCCUCCUUCCCGCUCCAACCGCCCGGCGCCGAACACCUCGACAUUGUGCGCCAAGCAUUACAUUCCAAAAUCGCACAAUGGCAAGCCGAUCAGAUCGCCGCGGACUCCUCAACACCGCUUCAUGCGCGACCGUCGAACAGUAGCCCUCCGACACCUGGGGAUUUCCUUCGAUCAUUGGAUUUCCUCCCCCUCGAAACCCGCAACGACGCAUGGAAACUAGAACUCACGCGUGCAUUUGCCCGCGAGGCCGAGAAGCGCAAAAGUCUGGACGAGCAGCUCGUCCGCGUGCAGCAGGAGGCAAACCAACUGCGCGCGCAGGUCGAGCGUCUCGGGUCCUGCCAGUGGCCCCGCGAGUUUGCGCUCUUCCCACCAGAUACCCUCCCCCUACCCCGCGACGUGGCCCGGGAACUCGACGGGAAGGACAGCCACAUCAGCGCCGACUCCUCGAGGUGGGACUACGACAAUGUGGUUGCUAAGUGGCGGCGUGUCGUCAUGCACGACAAAGGCAUGGGCCGUAUCGGUGUCGGCUAUGCCAACAACAGUCCCCUGAUGGAUUCGGAUCAAAGCUUGCGCCAUAGCCCCGACGUCCGACCCUCGCGUCCCGGCGAAGACACCUCGGCUCAUCCGAAUCGCCUUCGCCCCUUACAGUCUGCCCCGGCUAUGAGUCCCGACCCUGCUACUGCGUCCACCCCUGCCUCCUCCACUCACUACGCCUCCCCUUACUCGCACGCCGAUCCUCGAAGUCCGCCGAGUGCGGGUGCCAGUGGUGCGCCCCAGGCUAAACGCCCGCGCUUGAUGAACGGCUCCGAGAGCCAGCCUGGUGCUUUGUCGGAUGCGGGCUCGGCCAAAUCCACCUGGCCUUCGUCCACACCCGCUCUGUCGAAUCUCACUGCGCCGUCUGGUCAGACACCGCCGUCUUCUGCUCGAAGGUAG